UUUCCGCAAAAGGGUUGGUUGAUUUGCUAUCGAUCUGAGGAAGAGAGGAGAGGGGAGGAUUCUUAGGUGAGGCCUGGAGAGAAAGAGAGAGAGAGAGAGGGGGAGAGGGGGCGAGAGAGAGAGAGAGAGAGAGAGAGAGAGAGAGAGAGAGAGAGAGAGAGAGCGGAGCCGAGAUUUAUUGCUACAACAAGACUAAACUCAACCAGGACGGAAUAGCGCUGCUCGAGACAGGAAAUCUGAUGCAGGGAGCGAAGAAGGAGUGAAAGUGUUUGGUGGAAGGACUGCUAUUUUUCAAUCGCUACUGUUUUCCCCCUUUCCUACUCCUCUCCUUUUCUUUCCAUUCCUCCUCCCUGACCGAUCGCAUUCCGCGUAGAAUCUGCACUUUAAUGCCCCUGCGCAUCCGAGGAGUGGAAGGAGAGAAGAGCGAGGAAGAAGAGAGCGAGGGAGAAGAGAGCGAGGGAGAAGGAGAGCAGAGGCCUGACUUUAACGGAAACCCCGCCGCCGCACCUCACCCCUCUCCCCCGUGGCUGCCUGUCCCCUCUCCCCUCCUGGCCCUGCAUGGACGGGGAUGGGGAGAGCCGGAUGUUGUUACCGCGGGGCUGAGCGCCUCGCAUCCUCGCCUUCCCUGCGACCGCUGCUGCUGCUGAUCGUCGCUCUCUGUUACGGGGCGCACAGAGGUCAUUGCCAGGUGGCCACCCCUCAGUGUCGUAUCCAGAAGUGCACCACAGACUUUGUGUCCCUGACGUCUCACCUGACCCCAGCUCUGGGUGGCUUUGACGUAGAGUUCUGUAAGGCUCUGAGGUCCUACAGCGCCUGCACCCAGAGGACAGCCAAGUCCUGCAGGGGCAACCUGGUCUUCCAUUCUGCCGUCCUGGGCAUCUCAGACCUCAUGACCCAGAGAAACUGCUCCCGUGACGGGCCCACCUCCUCCACACACCCCGAGAUACAAUCAGAGCCCUGCAACUACCACAGCCGUACCCAGCACACUCACCCACACCCUCACUCUCACACGCACACUCCCACGCGGCCGGGUUACCUGUUCUGCGGGCUGUUUGGGGAUCCCCAUCUGCGGACGUUUAAGGACAGCUUCCAGACCUGCAAGGUGGAAGGGGCGUGGCCGCUGAUUGAUAACGACUUCUUGUCUGUGCAGGUGACCAACGUUCCUGUGGUAACGGGAUCCAGCGCCACAGCGACCAAUAAGAUCACCAUCAUAUUCAAGCCCUUUGAGGAGUGUACAGACCAGCGUGUUUACCAGGCGAUAACAGAUGACCUGCCCGCUGCCUUCGUAGACGGUACCGUGAGCAGCGGGGACCCCAACCAUAACGUUAACGGAAAUAACGGUGACUCUACCGGUAAGGUACGGGCGCUGUGGAUCUCUGAGCGUAGCCCCGGUCACCACGUGGAGCUGCACGCCGGCUACAUCGGCGUGACGGUUAUCGUGCGGCAGCUGGGGCGCUACCUGACCCUGGCAGUGCGCAUCCCGGAGGAGAUGGCCCAUGCCUACGACGCUACGCAGGACCUGCAGCUCUGCCUCAACGGAUGUCCCACCUCGGAACGCAUCGACCGGGGAGGUCACCUGCCACUGCCUCUCCCUCUACCCCCUCCAGCGCUGGGCUUACAUCUCCAGCAGCCACAUGGCCAGGGCAAGGGCCAGCCCUCCCACACGGCUCCCUACAGCGCCCCCCAGAGGUUCAGUGUGGAGGGUGCACGGGCACGCUGCAGGGAGCAGCUGGAGCUACAGGAUAUUUAUUUCCACUCAUGUGUGUUUGACCUCAUGACCACCGGGGACGCUAACUUCACGGCAGCAGCGUUCAGUGCUCUGAAGGACAUGGAGAGUCUCCACCCCCACCGUGAACACUGGAGGAUCUUCCCGCAAAGCUCCGCCGACACCUCCCAGCCUAUCACAUGGCUCCUACUGCUCACUCUCUUUGCGCUCGGCUCUGCACUGGUAUAGCGUUUGUGUGUGUGUGUGUGUGUGUGAGUAUGUGUGUUCAUAUAGAGCCUCUUGCUGAGCUGUAGGAUAAAGUUCCCUCUUUGCAGAUCUAAGGUCAGUUUUGUGUUUUCCCCUAACAGUUAUGAUUGAGGAGGGUAAACUAAGCUGAUCCUGGAUCUGUGUCUAAGAGAAACUUCUAACCAGAGCCCCUCUGGAGAUUUCACUUUUUCUUCUUCUUGGUGAAAAGAGAAUAGUUGACUGAACACCCUAAGGCAUAUUACUGCCAUAAAGGAGUCCACAGCUGACAUCUGAACAGAUUCCACGACACUCCUGUGUUCUUCCCAUCUCUGCUGUGUGGGACCUAGCAGGCUUCCUGGAGAUUAUGACCUGUCUAUAUGUGCGGAUUACCAACCAACACUCCAACCUGUGUGUGUAUAUUGUAGAAACACACUCCAGACUGUAAAUAGUGUGUGUGUGUAUAUUGUAGAAACACACUCCAGACUGUAAAUAGUGUGUUUGACGUAUCCUGGAACGCUGGAUGGCGUUGUUUUGGUUUUUAUUUUUGCGUGAUUUUGUUGUGAUAGUUUUUUUUAUACCUCAUAGACAGAGGAAGUUGUUUUAAGAGAAGCACUUUAUUUAGAUUUUUUGCUAAAUCCACACCAGUGUUCCCCCUCUCCCCUUUCAACCCCACCCCCACUCUCUUCCCCUUCCACCCCCUCACCAUUUCCCCCUCCCCAACCCCUCAAACUCUCCCCCUACAUGGCCCUUCUUUAGAGUCUAAGGGGCCAGAUCAAUGACCCCCUCUCUCCACUGCCCCCUACCAUCCUCCAACAGCCCAAGCUGUGGAUUUCAUCUGCAGUUUUGUCACUCACAGUGUAAAUCUCAAAUGACACCUGAUUCUCUGCAGUAUGCUACUUUUCACCAUAGGGAGAUAGGCAGCGUAGCCUAGUGGUCAGAGCGGUGGACUAGUAGCCGGAAGGUUGCAAGUUCAAACCCCCGACCUGACAAGGUACAAUCUGUCGUUCUGCCCCUGAACAGGCAGUUAACCCCCUGUUCCUAUUUGUUCUUAACUGACUUGCCUAGUUAAAUAAAGGUAAAAUAAAUAAACAGUGAACUAUAUAGGAGAUUUUGAGACAGUUAACCAGCUCACUAACACAGUGAGGUGGAACCUCUGUUUUAAAGCAGAGAUUCCAAAGGCAGUGGAGUUGAUUUCGCCUCUGUUCUAUAAUAACUUCAUGUGAGCUAUUUUCUGUUGAAUGUAUUCUGUAUGGUACCAUAGCAGCUGUUCAGAACAGUUUCAGACCCACCAUUACCGUUCAAUGUUUGAUUAUCAUUUACAGUAUAUCUGCAAAUACUGUGUGUGUGUGUGUGUGUGUGCGCAAGUUAGCGUGUUUUACCUGGUUUAUUGUCUAAGGACUGAAGAGACAGUCCUCUUUUUAUGAACGUAUUCACUGUUCACUGCUCGUUCACACUGCUGUAUUGACUAUGACCUGCUCUUACUGAGUUUUCUUACUGGCGCUACAUUUCAGCUGGUGGUAACAGUUCAAUCCAUUUACCAAACAGCUUUGACUAUCAGCUUUUCUAUGUUGUGUGUUUCUCUAUGAGUGUUCAGUUUGCUUGCUGUUGCAACCAAAGACUACCACAUAUGGUGAUUCACCAUCGAAGCUCGCUUGUUUUCAUAUACGAACAUGAUGACCACACACCCCCUCCGAACUCAAACCGUAACCUCUCUACCCCCUAACCCCCUUCCUCCCUACCCACCUUUAACUCUUAGUAAACUUGCUACUGUAGAUGGACUCUGUUUUGCUACUCCUGCCAGAGCUGACGGGCUGCUCCCGGAUUGGGAUACACAGACUAGGCUUUAGUAAACUGUCGACCAGGGUUGCACAACUCCAGUCCUGGAGGGAAGUAGUAUACGCAGGUUUUAGUUCCAGCCCAGCACUAACACACCUGAUUCAGCUAAUCAAGAUCUCGAUGAUUGGUUGAUUAGUUGAACCAGGCAAGUUAUUGCUGGGGUGGAACAGAAGCCUGCAUACACUGCAGACCUACAUAACUACCUGCUAUAGGCAGGGCACUGGGACUUCCACAGGCCGAGACGAAGUCACACGCGCUGAUGGGAUAUAUAUGCCCUCAUAUCAAAUGACAAAGCAGUGUCUGGUGGGAAAUGUAUGCUCAGUCUGCCUCUGGCAUUGUGAACUCUUAACUUGUGUGUGAGUGUCCGUGUGGUGAAGAGUGACUGCUCAAUGUUGAAAUACGUAACUUAUGUAUAAACGUAGUGUCUGUUAGAGGAAGGUACGCUCCAUAUUCUGGCUGUUUCAGAUGUGAUUGUACUGCCACCUAGUGGCGCUCCAUUGCUAUGUCAGUGUUUUACUCUUAUGGAGGCACUAAUGAAAACUUGGGAAAAAAAUGUACAUUUGUGCAAGUGUUUUAUUUAAAAAACAAUAAAUCAAAAAC